AUGUCCAGUCCAAUAGAACAUAACAGAAGGAAGAGACAGGCUGAAGAUGAUGUCGAAGAAGGCAAUUCCCAAGCCAACUCUUCGCCAAUUCCCUCCAGUCCUCCAUUACCCUCAUCACCAGCUAUUCCAUACGCCGACGAAGAAGAAGAGAUUCAUAAUGACGUUGCUGAUUUGAAUCCUUCUGAAGAGGAAGAAGAAGGAGUGGAUUUAAUGGAUGAUAUGGAAAGAGAUUACCGUGCAAACGAAAAGGAAGAUAGAUACGAUAUUUCGAAUAUUGACGAUGAAGAAUACGAAGAGAUGGAUAUUGGAGAUAGAAGAAAGAUUGACGAACGGUUGAAUCGUAAUGAUAUGAUCUUUGGCCGUGAAAGGGGUGCAGACAAUAUGUAUUUAGAUGAUGGUAGUGAACGUGAUGAAGAGCUCAACGAAUUUGGAUUACCAUUCCAAAGAAGAAGAAGAAGAAGAUACGAAGAUGAAGAUGAUGCCAUGCUUGCAGAUGAAGACAUUGAACCGUUUAAUGAAGAGUUGUCAUUGGAAAGUUUGACUGAUGUUAAGGCUGCAAGUAUAACUGAAUGGAUUUUACAGCCUGCGGUAUCCAGAUCUAUUGCCCGUGAAUUGAAAUCUUUCUUAUUAGAAUAUACUGAUGAAAAGGGAAGAUCAGUUUAUGGGGCAAGAAUUAGAACUCUUGGUGAAAUUAACUCUGAAUCUUUAGACGUCAAUUUUGCCCACUUAUCAGAAUCAAAGAGUAUUUUAUCAUUAUUUUUGGCUACUUCUCCAACUGAAAUGUUAACUAUCUUCGAUAAUGUUGCUAUGGACGCAACAGAAUUACAUUAUCCUAAUUACUCACAAAUUCAUUCUGAAAUUCAUGUUAGAAUUACUAAUUAUCCAAAUUAUUUAAAUUUGAGAGAUUUAAGAGAGAAUAAUUUGAACCAAUUGGUUAAAAUUGGUGGUGUUGUUACAAGAAGAACUGGUGUCUUCCCCCAAUUGAACUAUGUUAAAUUCAACUGUUUGAAAUGUGGUCAUUUAUUAGGACCUUUUGUCCAAGAUGAUAAAUCUGAAGUCUCAAUUUCUUAUUGUACAAAUUGUCAAUCAAAGGGGCCAUUUAGAAUUAAUUCACAAAAAACUCUAUAUCGUAAUUAUCAAAGAUUAACAUUACAAGAAAGUCCAGGUACUGUCCCAGCUGGUAGAUUACCAAGACACAGAGAAGUUAUCCUUUUAGCUGAUUUGGUUGAUAUAGCUAAACCCGGUGAAGAAAUUGAAGUUGCUGGGAUUUAUAAAAAUAAUUAUGAUGGUAAUUUGAAUAUUAAAAAUGGUUUCCCAGUUUUCGCUACUAUCAUUGAAGCAAAUUCAGUUAAACGUAAAGAAGUUGGGUUAAAUAAUGAAGAUUCAUUAAAUGCCUGGACUGAAGAAGAUGAAAGAGAAUUUAGAAAAUUAUCUCAAGAACGGGGUAUCAUUGAUAAAAUUAUAUCAUCGAUGGCUCCUUCAAUUUAUGGACAUAAAGAUAUUAAGACCGCUAUUGCAUGUUCAUUAUUUGGUGGGGUUCCUAAAGAUGUUAAUGGUAAACAUUCUAUAAGAGGUGAUAUAAAUGUUUUAUUACUUGGUGAUCCUGGUACUGCAAAAUCUCAAAUUUUAAAAUAUGCUGAAAAAACUGCCAAUAGAGCAGUUUUUGCAACUGGUCAAGGUGCUUCAGCUGUUGGUUUAACUGCAUCAGUUAGAAAAGAUCCAAUCACUAGAGAAUGGACUUUAGAAGGUGGGGCAUUAGUUUUGGCUGAUAAAGGUACCUGUCUUAUUGAUGAAUUCGAUAAAAUGAAUGAUCAAGACCGUACUUCUAUUCAUGAAGCUAUGGAACAACAAUCUAUUUCUGUUUCCAAAGCUGGUAUAGUCACCAGUUUACAAGCUAGAUGUUCAAUUAUAGCUGCUGCAAAUCCAACAACUGGUAGAUAUAAUUCGACUUUACCUCUUUCACAAAAUGUUAAUUUGACUGAACCAAUUUUAUCAAGAUUUGAUAUUCUAUGUGUUGUUAGAGAUUUGGUUAAUCCUGAAGGUGAUGAAAGAUUAGCAAGUUUUGUUAUUGAUUCUCAUAUGAGAUCACAUCCAUCCCAAACUGAAGAUUUAGAGGAUGAUGAACAAGAACAAGAAAUUGAAGAAGAUGACGAUGAGAUGAUUGAAGAUACUCCUCUGAAGAAAACCAAACAAACCAGAAAACAAAAGAUAAGUCAAUUAAAUAAACAACGUGAAAACGAAAUCAGUCCAAUAUCACAAGAGUUAUUGAUUAAAUAUAUCAAAUAUGCCAAAACCAAGGUUCAACCGAAAUUACACCAAAUGGAUAUGGAUAAAGUGGCCAAGGUUUAUGCCGAUUUAAGAAAAGAAUCCAUAACAACUGGAUCAUUUCCAAUUACUGUUCGUCAUUUAGAAAGUAUCUUAAGAAUUGCUGAAGCAUUUGCUAAAAUGAGAUUAAGUGAUUUUGUUAGUCAAAAUGAUUUGAAUAGGGCAAUAAAGGUAAGUAUUGAUAGUUUUGUGGGAGCUCAAAAAAUUACCGUUCGUAAAGAAUUGCAAAAAUCAUUUAUGAAGUAUACUUUACCUACUAGAAAGAAGACUAUUGAAAACAUCAAGCAGUGCAAGUAUAUACCGGAGUCAGACGUUGAAGAAAUCUGUAGCAAAGUGAUUGAAUUACUAGUACAAGAAGCCAACAUCCAAUACGUUGAUACACCAGUGACCAUUUGUGGAGACAUCCAUGGCCAAUUACAUGAUUUGCUCACGUUAUUUGAGACUGGAGGAGAGUUACCAGAGACGCAGUAUCUAUUUCUAGGAGAUUUUGUUGACCGAGGAUUUUACUCGUUAGAAAGCUUGUUAUUACUAUUGAGUUAUAAGGUAAGAUAUCCAGAUAGAAUCACCUUGAUAAGGGGCAACCAUGAACUGAGACAAAUCACUACAGUGUAUGGAUUUUACGAUGAAUGUAUCCGAAAAUACGGAAAUGUGAAUGUAUGGAGAUACUGCAGUGAAGUAUUUGAUUAUUUAUCAUUGGGGGCGAUUGUUGGUGGUAAAGGAGGGGUUUUCUGUAUACAUGGAGGGCUUAGUCCUGAUAUUGAUACCAUUGAUCAAAUCCGAAUACUAGAUAGAAAGCAAGAAGUACCUCACGAAGGAGGAAUGUGUGAUUUGCUUUGGUCCGAUCCAGAAGAUGUACCGGGAUGGGCCAUUAGUCCUAGGGGGGCCGGAUUUCUUUUUGGAGAGAAUGAAGUUAAUAAAUUCAACAAUGUUAACGAUAUCUCAUUAAUUGCAAGAGCUCAUCAAUUGGUAAUGGAAGGUUAUAAAGAAAUGUUCAAGAAUAAGUUGGUUACCGUAUGGCUGGCUCCCAAUUAUUGCUAUAGGUGCGGGAAUAUUGCUUCGGUACUUAAAAUAGAUGAUGAAUUAUCAAGAGAGUACAAGGUAUUCGAAGCUGCACCCCAAGAUAUUUCUAGUAUUCCUUCCAAAAAACCGGUUAUUGAUUACUUUAUAUGA